CGGCGUUGCGCGUGAUAUAUCGUGCGAUGAUUUUGGAAGUUCGUCUAGUGCUGCAAGCAGCUCAUCCGCGCUUGGUGGAUCGGUUUCCACUGAAGCUACAGCAUUCGCAUCUUCUGGUCUGCAACUUGCCGCACCAACAGCCUCACCUUCAUCUUCCGGUGUUGUCCAAGAGCAAUUAUGCUCUGUCCUAGAUGCGUUCGACCUAUGGGAACCGAUUCUAUCGUUUGCGGUCGACUGGCCUAGAUCGUACGGAAGGCUGAGCUCUGUGUGUCGGAAGUGGCAAAAGUUGUGCAGCAAUCCCGUAGUGUGUUAA